AUGGCGAAUGUUGAGAAUCUGAGCUCUGUUCCGGCGUCGGAAGACACGGAGUUUGGGUUUAAGCGGCCGGAGAUGUACAGCGCAGACAUCGCUAAUUCCAUCAACUCUUACGGUCGCCAUGUUUUCGUCUUCUACAAAACUCCUGAAGCUUGGCUCUCACAAAUCGAAGACGAAGGUUUGCCUCAGCGUUUCGCUACGUUGCUCAAGGAUCGCAAAUCCGAUCUCCCUGUUCCGACGAAGCUGAAUGUUUGCGAAGGAGGUGGAUCCGAUGGAGAUGUAUUGAUUUUCCCGGAUAUGGUCAGAUACAAAGGGAUUAAGGAUGAGGAAGUGGAAGUGGAGAGUUUCGUUGAAGAUGUGCUUGUGAAUGAGAAGCCAUGGAGAUUUGGGAGAGAAGAAAAGCUAUCUGGAUCAUUUGUAUUCGUGUGUACUCAUGCGAGUCGUGAUAAGAGGUGUGGUGUUUGUGGACCUGUGAUCUUAGAGAGGUUCAAGGAGGAGAUUGGCUCUCGUGGACUCUCAGAGCAAAUCUCUCUCAGGCGUUGCUCUCACGUUGGACAGCACAAGUAUUCUG